AUGUCUCAGAUCCAGCACGCGGUUCCGGACGCACCGAUCCGGUACACGCAGAUCUGCACCCGCAGCAGCAGCUGCUCCUCCCCGCAGACCUCAUCCUCCGCCGCCGCCGCCGGCACCGAGCCGCCGUCCUGCACCGGACACCGCGGCCGGACCCCCCGCAGGAAGUGGCAGGUGUUCCCGGGGCGGAACCGGUUCUACUGCGACGGGCGGGUGAUGAUGGCGCGGCAGACCGGGGUGUUCUACCUGACCCUGGUGCUCAUCCUCCUCACCAGCGGCCUCUUCUUCGCCUUCGACUGUCCCUACCUGGCGUCCAAUCUGAGUCCGGCCAUCCCGGCCGUCGGCGCCGUCCUCUUCGUCUUCGUCAUGGGGAUGCUGUUCAGGGCGAGCUUCAGCGACCCCGGCGUCCUGCCCAGGGCGACGCCCGACGAGGCCGCCGACCUGGAGAGGCAGAUCGACUCGACCGGCUGCUCCAAGCCUCCGCCUCGCACCAGAGAGGUUCUCAUCAACGGUCAGACCGUCAAGCUCAAGUACUGCUUCACCUGCAAGAUCUUCCGGCCGCCGCGGGCGUCCCACUGCAGCCUCUGUGACAACUGUGUCGAGCGUUUCGACCAUCACUGCCCCUGGGUGGGGAACUGCGUCGGACGGAGGAACUACCGCUUCUUCUACCUCUUCAUCCUCUCCCUCUCCUUCCUCACCAUCUUCAUCUUCGCCUUCGUCAUCACACACGUCGUCCUCAGAUCAAACCGGACCGGAUUCCUGACCACACUCAAAGACAGUCCAGCUAGCAUCCUGGAGGUGGUGGUGUGCUUCUUCUCCGUCUGGUCCAUUGUGGGCCUGUCGGGCUUCCAUACCUACCUUAUCAGCUCCAACCAGACCACCAACGAGGACAUCAAAGGAACCUGGUCCAAAAAGGAGGGAAAGGACAAUUACAACCCCUACAGCUACGGAAAUGUCCUGACCAACUGCUGCGCGGCGCUUUGUGGGCCGCUGCCUCCCAGUCUGAUUGACAGGAGGGGUCUGAUCCAGGCCGACACGCCGCAGACCGCGCACCAGUCCAACGGGACCGGCGGCGGCAGCUACGCCCCCACGCAGCUCCACAGUCACAUGUGCGACCAGGACCAGUGCCUCCAGAGCACCAAGUUCGUCCUGCAGGCCGCCGCCACGCCGCUGCUCCACAGCGACCCCGUUGUUCUGCCGCCUCUCCCCGCCAAGCCUGCCUCGCUGGGCGGGCCCUGCGCCUACCUGGCCCCCGCCCAGCCGACGCUGCCGUCCUGCGCCGGAGACGUCCUGACCCUGAGGGACACCGCCGUCGACUCCCACUGCCACCAUCACCUGCACCUGCACCACCUGCACCACCACCAGCACUUUGCCAGCCCUGAGGAGACGCCCUGCGGGACACCGCAGGGAGCCCUGCCCUGCCCCGCCCACAUGCACCUGCAGCACCCGGCACCGCCGGUCCGGUAUGACCCCGUGACCCAGGACUCACUGCACGAAGACUCGGUCAGAGGAUUGGUGAAACUCAGCUCCGUCUGAACCACCGGACAGAAAAACUUCAGGAAUGUAACAAAAAACCUUUAUAAUGACUAAGAACUGAUUUAUUUUUUAUUUUUAUUGCUUCUGAGUUUCUAAUUCCACCUGUUCAGAGUUUAAUUUGGAGCUGCGAAAGUUCACAUUUUCACUUUUUGGUGUAUUUUAUAUGAAAAAACAAAACACAAAGUUUUUCAUCGGUGGAGAAAUGGAAGUCAGACGGUGGUGGGAGAGAUAUUUGGAGCUAAAUACAAUACAAUCCUGGAAGUGCUGGGAUGGCCUAGUCCAAGGGUGGGCAAUCCUGGUCCUGAAGGGCUGGUGUCCUGCAACUCUUAGACAUCUCACUGGUCCAACACACUUGAGUCCAACAGCUGAGUCACCUCCCAAGUGCAGUCAGGUUCUCCAGAGUCCUGCUAACGACCUCAUUAUUUGACUCAGGUGUGUUGAAGUAGAUACAUCUAAAAGUUGCAGGAGACCGGCCCUCGUGGCCUGGAGUUGUCCACCUCUGGCCUAGUCAAACUCCAACUGAGAAUCUGCUAAAUGUGAAAACUUUCAGAAUGAGUUUGAGAUGUUUUGUGAAGAGGAAAUGUUCAAAGCUGAACAAGAAAAACCUGCAACUGGAACAGAGUCAAAAAUUUUCUGAAUAAAAAAAGCAUGCCACACUUUUCAGAUUUACUUCCACUUGCCAGUGAGGGACUACUUUGUGUUCCUAAUAAAAUACACUGAAGUUUUUGGUUUUUAAUGUGGCAGAAUGUGGAAAAGGUCGAUGCGUAUUAAUACUUCCACAGGGUUCUGGGUUCAUCAGUGCUUUUAUUUUGAAAUUCAGAACUUUGGGUUGUUUGGUUUCAGGUGUUUAAUGCAUUCAGGUGACGCAGUUUGAGCUGCACCGGGACCAAAGCUGGACUUCUCUUCUUUCUACCUUCAUCUUCCUCCUCAGAGAGGAAUUUAUUGGACUUUAAAUCCAGAAUAAGCUACUUGAUGAUGAUGAUGACUCCUUCUUCUUCUUUGAUUGCUUCUGCAGAGCUAUGGAGCUGAUGUGGCCCAGCUACACUGCCACACACAGUGUCAAGUUUUAUACCGAUGAUGUCGUCACUGCAUUAAAUUAAACCAUUCUGUGAUUUUAUUGUGAAGGUCAUAUAUUGUUUCCUUGCUGAAACCCUUCACAUUAAAAGAUCCGCUGAUAAACUUUUACAGAGAAAAACUGAAGUUAUCAAACUCCUCAGAGAGAAAUAAACCAAACAUUUCCUAAA